AUGAAGGUUCAACAUAGCAUACUUCAUUACGUUCUUUGUCGAGUAUUACUUCCUCGUCCAAGCAAUAUUGGACAAGCCACAGAAGAGGAUAUUAUGCUGAUGUGGGCUUUUUUCAAUUCUAUAAAGAUUAACUGGGGACAUCUCAUUAGACAUAGGAUGAAAAGGGCAUUAAAGAACAAUGCCCACCUACCAUAUCCUCAUUUGAUUACCAUAUUCAUGGACCACUUUGGGGUCCCUACUGAUAGUGAUCCUUUUACCCAAUUAAGUUCAAACAUAAGAUUGAAGCUGAGAAACUUGGGUGAGAAGCGUCAGGAGACACUUUGGCUAAGGAAGGACAAGGUUUCUAAGCUUGUCCAUUGUGACUCUAGUGUUCAAGGUAAUGUCACUCAAGAUCAAGAGAACAUAGAGUUGCGAGAAGAGCUCAAUAGAACCAAGACUGAGUUGAAUGAGCUAAGGCAAAUAGUCGCCACUCUUACUAUCAAUCAAAGCAGGCACACACAGGGUACUCACUCUCAUAGGCAAAAUUAUGAUCAAGAUGAUCAUUCCCACCAUAGUGAUCACCAUACUUACCAACCUUAUGAUCACUAUCAACACCCUCCUAGGCGACAUCACAACCAUAGAGAACAUCAUGUUGAACCUAAGCUUGACCUUCCUCCUUUCUAUGGUAGAGAUAAUUUUGAAGAAUACUUUGAGUGGGAGAUGAAGGUUGAACAAAUUUUUGAAUGCUACAACAUAGAUGAUAGGAGGAGAGUGACCCUAGCCACCUUAACCUUUCAAGGUGCAGCCCUUUAUUGGUGGACAUCCAUCAUAAGGGACCAAAGGAUGAAUGGCAACUACAAAAUCCAAUAUUGGAAUGAGUUGAAAGCAGCCUUACACAGGCGACAUGUCCCAGCCUAUUAUGCUAGAGAAGUCAUGGACAAGCUCCAUAGACUUCAACAAAGAAACAUGAGUGUUGAAGAAUAUAGGCAAAAAUUAGAGUUACUCAUGUUGAGAGCGGGAAUCAAAGAGGAGGAAAGAUUCACCAUAGCUAGAUUCCAUAGUGGAUUAAACUAUGAGAUUAGAGAUAAGGUAGAACUCUUACCUUACUUAGAUCUAAAUGAUUUUGUCCAGCUAUGUGUGAGAGUGGAAGAACAAAACAGGAGAAAAGCUUCCACAAAAAGAACCUACCCUACCACAUCAUCAUAUAGGAGAGAUCUUAAGAGGGAGGGUAGAUUUCCAAGAUAUGAGGAAACAAAGGAGAGAGAGCAAGAAAGGACACAAGAUAAGUUCAAAAGCAAAGAUAGAGAGCUAAAAAGGGAAAAAGAAAGCUCCAAAGGAAAAGAACAAAGAAUUCCAAGAGAGCCACCCAGAGAUACCAGGGGUAGGGAGACUAGAUGUUUCAAAUGUGGGGCCAGAGGACACUAUUCAACUGAGUGUCACUUUAAAAAGUCAACCUAUAUCCUUGAACAUAAAAGUAAUAGUGAGGAGUCGUCCUCUAGUGUGUCUGAGUUGUCCUCAUCUGAAGAGGAACAUGAAGCUCCACCUUGCGAUGGAGAUCUUCUCAUGGUUAGGAGACUCCUUGAGGCAAAGCAUGUUGAGUUAGAACAAACUCAACGAGAAAACCUAUUCCACACUCGCUGCAAAGUUCUUGAUAAAACAUGUUCUAUGAUUGUGGAUAGUGGUUCUUGUUGUAAUUGUUGUAGCACUAGAAUGGUUGAAAAGCUAGGCUUAACUCCUACUCCUCAUCCUAACUCUUACAAACUUCAAUGGAUAAAAGAGGAUGAAGGAAUAAUUGUUAAGGAACAAGUAAGUGUUCCCAUUUCCAUAGGCAAGUAUGAAGACCAAAUCAUUUGUGAUAUUGUUCCAAUGGAAGCGGGUCACAUUUUACUUGGACGGCCUUGGCAAUUUGACAAACAGGCUUUGCAUGAUGGAGUCACCAACAAGAUCACCAUUCAACAUAAAGGCAAAAAGAUUAUCUUGAGUCCUCUUACACCAUCACAAGUGCGAGAGGAUCAAAUAAUACUUAAGAAGAAGUUGGAUGGUGAGAAGAAACUUUACUCUAAUAAAGUUUCCAAAGAGAAGAAGUUGAGUUUGGUUGAAAGUGCCUCAACCAAUGAAGUUGUCCCACUACACACUUCCAAAAAUCUUUUCCUUGGACAACCUCACUUUCUUCUCUAUUGUAAGGAGGCACUUCUUUCCAUAAAUCAUUCACUUGAUUCUCAUCCAAAGGGGUUACAAAAGCUUUUGAAAGAGUUUGAUGAUUUAUUUCCUAAAGAGGUUCCAAGUGGUUUACCACCUCUUCGGGGAAUUGAACAUCAAAUUGAUUUAAUUCCAGGAGCCAGUCUUCCUAAUAGGCCAGCCUAUAGGACUAACCUCACAGAAACCAAAGAGAUAGAGAAGCAGGUUAAUGAUUUAUUGGGAAAAGGGUGGAUACAGAAAAGCCUUAGCCCUUGUGCGGUGCCAGUGUUGUUAGUACCUAAGAAAGAUGGAUCUUGGAGAAUGUGUACAGAUUGCAGGGCUAUUAACAACAUUACAGUCAAGUAUAGGCACCCUAUUCCUAGAUUGGACGACAUGCUAGAUGAAUUACAUGGAGCAAACAUGUUCACCAAGAUUGAUCUUAAAAGUGGGUAUCAUCAAAUCCGAAUUAAAGAAGGAGAUGAAUGGAAAACCGCUUUUAAGACCAAAUUUGGCCUUUAUGAAUGGUUAGUCAUGCCUUUUGGCUUAACCAAUGCUCCUAGUACCUUCAUGCGAUUAAUGAAUCAUGUCCUUCAAGAAUACAUAGGCAGCUUUGUUGUAGUCUACUUUGAUGAUAUUUUAAUUUAUAGCAAAGGUCUUAAAGAACAUCUUCAUCAUGUGAGGAAAGUAUUGAUUUUGCUUAGACAACACCAUUUAUUUGCCAACUUUGACAAAUGUACCUUUUGUCAAGAGAGCGUUAUUUUUCUAGGCUUCAAAGUUGGGAAAGAAGGAGUACAUGUUGAUCCUAGCAAAAUCAAAGCUAUCCAAGAAUGGCCUAUCCUCAAAACAGUGGGAGAAGUAAGAAGUUUUCUAGGUCUAGCAGGUUUCUAUAGACGCUUUGUAGAAAAUUUUUCUACUAUUGCUGCUCUCCUUAAUGAACUUUUGAAGAAGGAUGUGCCAUUCAAAUGGGAUGAGAAACAAAGUCUAGCUUUUGAGACCUUAAAGCAUAAGUUAACACAUGCACCCAUUCUACAUUUACCUAAUUUUUCCAAAGCUUUUCAAGUAGAAUGUGAUGCUUCUGGGGUAGGAAUAGGCGCUGUUCUUAUACAAGAAGGUCAUCCAAUAGCUUAUUUUAGUGAAAAACUUAGGGGACCUACUUUGAACUAUCCUACCUAUGACAAAGAACUUUAUGCCCUCAUUCGAGCAUUGAAAACUUGGGAGCAUUACUUAGUGUCUCAAGAGUUUAUAAUAAACACUGACCAUGAAUCUCUCAAGUAUCUUAAAGGGCAAGGAAAGUUGAACAAGCGACAUGCAAAGUGGAUUGAGUACCUUGAACAGUUUCAAUACGUCAUCAAACAUAAAAAGGGGAGUACUAAUGUUGUUGCGGAUGCUUUAUCUAGACGACAUGCAUUGCUAGUUACUCUAGGAUCCCAAAUACUAGGUUUUGAUGACAUUAAACAACUUUAUGAAUCUGAUCCUACCUUUGCAUCCACUUAUGCAUCUUGUCUUAAGAAGCCAUUCGAUGGAUUUUAUAUUUCUGAGGGGUAUCUUUUUAAUAAAGGAAAACUAUGCAUACCCCAAGGAUCUAUUCGAAAGCUUCUUAUCAAAGAAAGUCAUGGUGGAGGACUCAUGGGCCAUCAUGGAGUUGAUAAAACUCUUCAUACUUUGAAAAGCAAAUUUUAUUGGCCACACAUGAGAAUAGAUGUCCAAAAGCAUUGUUCUAGUUGCAUAGUUUGUUUACAAGCUAAGUCUAAAGUAAUGCCUCAUGGACUCUAUCUUCCUCUUCCCAUAGCUAGUACCCCUUGGGAAGACAUUAGUAUGGAUUUUGUCUUAGGUCUACCAAGAACUCAAAAGGGCUUUGAUUCUAUCUUUGUGGUGGUUGAUCGAUUUAGAGAUGCCCAACAGGGUUCCCAAGAUCUGGGGACAGAUCUUUUUCAAGAGGGAGGGACUGAUGGAGGACCAUCCAAGCUCAACAUAGGACCUUUAACAAGAGCCAUGUCUAAGAGAAUCCAAGAGGAAGAGGGAGCACUCACUACUUUGCUCUUAUGGAGUAUUAAUUACUAA